UCAGGGACCGAGAAACCUGGAGGGGUCACCGGGAAGGGGCCCAUCAGGGACUGGGCACCGGGACGGGGCCGAUCAGGGUCUGGGAACCGGGAUGGGGCACCGGGAAGGGAUCGAUCAGGGUCCGGGCACCAGGAAGGGGUUGAUCAGGGACCGAGAAACCUGGAGGGGUCACCGGGAAGGGGCCCAUCAGGGACUGGGCACCGGGACGGGGCCGAUCAGGGUCUGGGAACCGGGAUGGGGCACCGGGAAGGGAUCGAUCAGGGUCCGGGCACCAGGAAGGGGUUGAUCAGGGACCGAGAAACCUGGAGGGGUCACCGGGAAGGGGCCCAUCAGGGACUGGGCACCGGGACGGGGCCGAUCAGGGUCUGGGAACCGGGAUGGGGCACCGGGAAGGGAUCGAUCAGGGUCCGGGCACCAGGAAGGGGUUGAUCAGGGACCGAGAAACCUGGAGGGGUCACCGGGAAGGGGCCCAUCAGGGACUGGGCACCGGGACGGGGCCGAUCAGGGUCUGGGAACCGGGAUGGGGCACCGGGAAGGGAUCGAUCAGGGUCCGGGCACCAGGAAGGGGUUGAUCAGGGACCGAGAAACCUGGAGGGGUCACCGGGAAGGGGCCCAUCAGGGACUGGGCACCGGGACGGGGCCGAUCAGGGUCUGGGAACCGGGAUGGGGCACCGGGAAGGGAUCGAUCAGGGUCCGGGCACCAGGAAGGGGUUGAUCAGGGACCGAGAAACCUGGAGGGGUCACCGGGAAGGGGCCCAUCAGGGACUGGGCACCGGGACGGGGCCGAUCAGGGUCUGGGAACCGGGAUGGGGCACCGGGAAGGGAUCGAUCAGGGUCCGGGCACCAGGAAGGGGUUGAUCAGGGACCGAGAAACCUGGAGGGGUCACCGGGAAGGGGCCCAUCAGGGACUGGGCACCGGGACGGGGCCGAUCAGGGUCUGGGAACCGGGAUGGGGCACCGGGAAGGGAUCGAUCAGGGUCCGGGCACCAGGAAGGGGUUGAUCAGGGACCGAGAAACCUGGAGGGGUCACCGGGAAGGGGCCCAUCAGGGACUGGGCACCGGGACGGGGCCGAUCAGGGUCUGGGAACCGGGAUGGGGCACCGGGAAGGGAUCGAUCAGGGUCCGGGCACCAGGAAGGGGUUGAUCAGGGACCGAGAAACCUGGAGGGGUCACCGGGAAGGGGCCCAUCAGGGACUGGGCACCGGGACGGGGCCGAUCAGGGUCUGGGAACCGGGAUGGGGCACCGGGAAGGGAUCGAUCAGGGUCCGGGCACCAGGAAGGGGUUGAUCAGGGACCGAGAAACCUGGAGGGGUCACCGGGAAGGGGCCCAUCAGGGACUGGGCACCGGGACGGGGCCGAUCAGGGUCUGGGAACCGGGAUGGGGCACCGGGAAGGGAUCGAUCAGGGUCCGGGCACCAGGAAGGGGUUGAUCAGGGACCGAGAAACCUGGAGGGGUCACCGGGAAGGGGCCCAUCAGGGACUGGGCACCGGGACGGGGCCGAUCAGGGUCUGGGAACCGGGAUGGGGCACCGGGAAGGGAUCGAUCAGGGUCCGGGCACCAGGAAGGGGUUGAUCAGGGACCGAGAAACCUGGAGGGGUCACCGGGAAGGGGCCCAUCAGGGACUGGGCACCGGGACGGGGCCGAUCAGGGUCUGGGAACCGGGAUGGGGCACCGGGAAGGGAUCGAUCAGGGUCCGGGCACCAGGAAGGGGUUGAUCAGGGACCGAGAAACCUGGAGGGGUCACCGGGAAGGGGCCCAUCAGGGACUGGGCACCGGGACGGGGCCGAUCAGGGUCUGGGAACCGGGAUGGGGCACCGGGAAGGGAUCGAUCAGGGUCCGGGCACCAGGAAGGGGUUGAUCAGGGACCGAGAAACCUGGAGGGGUCACCGGGAAGGGGCCCAUCAGGGACUGGGCACCGGGACGGGGCCGAUCAGGGUCUGGGAACCGGGAUGGGGCACCGGGAAGGGAUCGAUCAGGGUCCGGGCACCAGGAAGGGGUUGAUCAGGGACCGAGAAACCUGGAGGGGUCACCGGGAAGGGGCCCAUCAGGGACUGGGCACCGGGACGGGGCCGAUCAGGGUCUGGGAACCGGGAUGGGGCACCGGGAAGGGAUCGAUCAGGGUCCGGGCACCAGGAAGGGGUUGAUCAGGGACCGAGAAACCUGGAGGGGUCACCGGGAAGGGGCCCAUCAGGGACUGGGCACCGGGACGGGGCCGAUCAGGGUCUGGGAACCGGGAUGGGGCACCGGGAAGGGAUCGAUCAGGGUCCGGGCACCAGGAAGGGGUUGAUCAGGGACCGAGAAACCUGGAGGGGUCACCGGGAAGGGGCCCAUCAGGGACUGGGCACCGGGACGGGGCCGAUCAGGGUCUGGGAACCGGGAUGGGGCACCGGGAAGGGAUCGAUCAGGGUCCGGGCACCAGGAAGGGGUUGAUCAGGGACCGAGAAACCUGGAGGGGUCACCGGGAAGGGGCCCAUCAGGGACUGGGCACCGGGACGGGGCCGAUCAGGGUCUGGGAACCGGGAUGGGGCACCGGGAAGGGAUCGAUCAGGGUCCGGGCACCAGGAAGGGGUUGAUCAGGGACCGAGAAACCUGGAGGGGUCACCGGGAAGGGGCCCAUCAGGGACUGGGCACCGGGACGGGGCCGAUCAGGGUCUGGGAACCGGGAUGGGGCACCGAGAAGGGAUCGAUCAGGGACCGAGAAACCGGGAGGGGUCACCGGGAAGGGGCCGAUCAGGGUCG